UCAAAAGGUGAAAGUCAUGAUUUAGGUCAUCCUUCUUCUGGAGAGUUCGUAAUAACAUCAGCACACAUUUUCAACAAAUAUCUUUACUUCUUACAUAAUUUUAACUGAAGAUCUUCUUAUUUGUCGCCGAACUUAAAGCAAUACGUCCAGAAUGUAUCGUCUUGCACCAAUUACCCGUCUUGUAGCCACUCAACGCAUGUCUCUCGUGCGUGGAUAUGCUAAGGACAUUAAGUUUGGAGGGGAGGCUAGAGCCUUGAUGUUACAGGGAGUUGACAUACUUGCAGAUGCAGUGGCGGUAACGAUGGGUCCAAAGGGCCGCAAUGUGAUCCUGGAGCAAAGCUGGGGAAGUCCUAAGAUUACCAAAGAUGGCGUCACAGUGGCCAAAGGCAUCGACUUGAAGGACAAAUUCAUGAAUAUUGGUGCAAAGCUAGUACAAGAUGUUGCCAACAACACUAACGAGGAGGCCGGAGAUGGGACAACUUCAGCUACUGUUCUUGCCCGCGCCAUCGCCAAGGAGGGCUUUGACAAAAUCAGCAAGGGAGCUAACCCCAUUGAGAUCAGAAAAGGUGUUAUGAUGGCUGUAGAUACAGUACUUGCUGAGCUGAAGAAAAUGUCCAAGCCAGUAACCACACCUGAGGAAAUUGCACAGGUUGCCACAAUCUCGGCCAAUGGUGACAAAUCAAUCGGAGAGCUCCUCUCUGAUGCCAUGAAGAAGGUUGGACGGGACGGGGUCAUUACCGUCAAGGAUGGAAAAACCUUGAAAGAUGAGUUGGAGCUGAUUGAAGGAAUGAAGUUUGAUAGAGGCUACAUUUCACCAUAUUUUAUCAAUUCUUCAAAGGGAGCAAAGGUUGAGUACCAGGAUGCACUUGUUCUACUGUGUGAGAAGAAAAUCUCAAGCGUUCAGACAAUUCUCCCUGCUCUUGAACUGGCAAACCAGGCCCGUAAACCUCUUGUGAUUAUCUCAGAGGAUAUGGAGGGGGAGGCACUCAGUACCCUUGUACUCAACAGGAUCAAAGUUGGUCUGCAGGUUGUAUCUGUUAAAGCACCAGGCUUUGGAGAUAACCGUAAAAACACACUACGAGACAUGGCAGUCGCCACUGGAGGAGUUGUGUUCGGGGAUGACGCCGACAUGUUUAAACUGGAGGAUAUCCAAAUGAACGACUUCGGACAAGUAGGGGAGGUCACUGUUACGAAAGAUGACACAAUGAUGAUAAAGGGCAAAGGAGACUCAGCGGACGUUGAAAAGAGAAUCCAGCAGAUCAGAGAUGAGAUUGAACUAUCUACAUCAGAGUAUGAAAAAGAAAAGAUGAAUGAACGACUUGCUAAACUCUCAAAUGGCAUUGCUGUCCUUAAGAUUGGAGGCACCAGUGAGGUUGAAGUGAAUGAGAAGAAAGAUCGUGUGACAGACGCACUGAACGCUACAAAGGCUGCUGUGGAGGAGGGUAUCGUUCCUGGGGGUGGCUGCGCUCUUCUUAGGUGUAUUCCUGCUCUUGAUGGGGUAGCUACAACAAACUCUGACCAGAAGACAGGUGUGGAUAUCAUCCGACGUGCUCUGCGUAUCCCAGCACAGACCAUAAUCGCUAACACCGGCAUUGAGCCUAGCGUUAUACUGGAGAAAGUUAUAGCCGAGCCGGACAACAUGGGUUACGAUGCACUAGAGGGCGAGAUUACUGACCUUAUGAAGAGAGGAAUCAUUGAUCCCACCAAGGUUGUCCGAACAGCAUUGCUAGACGCAGCUGGAGUCGCAUCUCUUCUUUCCACAGCUGAGUGCGUGGUUACAGAAAUGCCUAAGGAAGAGAAAGAGAUGCCGAUGGGAGGUGGAAUGGGUGGUAUGGGUGGUAUGGGGGGAAUGGGAGGGGGCAUGUUCUGAAGUGGGAAAACCCUAGAAAAAUAAAAUAGAUAUUGUGAUGCUAUAUAUAUAGAAAUCUGGAAAACCAGAAAAUCAUGGAAAACCAGGUGUGAUAUCUAUGAAAAUAAGGGGACUGGAGAAAACAAAACUGAACAUAGAGGAACAAAAGGUGGGGACUCGUUAUGUGUUCAAGUUAUUGUUCUGGACAUAUGAACUACACAGUUGCUCUCGAUUUCUACGAUAUUAAUUGAUAACUGUGAACUUAUUGCUAGUUUUUAGAGAUAAUAUUUAUGAAUGGAUGUAUUCACCAGAGUUAAUAAAGGAGUUAUUUAAAAAAUCAACAACAGAAGACAGAAAACUUGAUCAAAACUUAAAUCCAUUGUAACCAACUCAUUUCAUAUGCACCAUCAUUGCCAUUAUUUUGUGUAUUUGUUACAUGAUUAUGUUAGUGAUUGACUGUGUUUGUUAUAGAAUAGAUGCAUGUUUUAUUACACUUGUUUAAUACUACAAUUCUACAUUCGAGGAUAGCUGAAAUAUUGGAAAAGUUGAAUAUUUGCAAGGUUAUCAAAAUGUGUUAAUAAUUAGUAUUUAUAGUGUAGAUUUCAAUUUUCCUUUUUUUAGUGGCAUUAAAUGUAAUUUAUAUGUAUGUGGAAAUAACAUCUUCCAAUUUUGCUUUGGUCAUAUUUUGUCAUACAAUUCACGUAAAAAUCUAGUUAGUUUGACAACAUGGGUUGUAGUAUAAUUGUCAGUAUGAUUUUAAAUGGUUAGGUCAAAUUUACAAAUGCUGUAGUAGUCUUUAUUUCAGAAAAACAACAAAAUGCUGUCAGAUAGUUGCUACCUUUGGCAAAUCCUGCUGAGUUUUAUUCAAUGUAUACAGGUACCCAUCCCAUUGGUCAAUUUUGUCAUAUUUUGUGUUAAAUAUGUAAUGACCAAUUAAGUAAAAUUGAGAUAAUUACUGAUGUACUUUUUGUAUGCACAUUGGCUCAAAUGCUGGAUCAUAAAUGUUUUUGAAUGAUUUUAUAUUAAAAUAUGAGUUUUGAAGUUGA